GUUGUAUCAGAAUCGUGUUUUUACGUAAAAAAAAAAAAAUAUAAUAAUAAUAAAUAAUAAACACUAAGUAAAGUAAUAUCUAAACAAUUUUACAGUAAAAUAAUAAUUAACAACAAAUAAUAACAACAACAAAUAACAUUUCCUAAAACAAAAGUAUAUUAACAGUCCUCGUAAAAAAACAAUAAUUAAAAUAAAAAGUAAACUCGAUCGUUCUUUCUAUUAAAAAUUUUCAACUGAUAGCAAAAAAAAAUUUUGAUUGCAUUAUAUUUAUAUGUACAUGUAUAUAUAUUUAUAAUGCAUGUGAGUUAGAAAAUAUGGUUAUAAAUGUUAAGUUUAUUUGUAAUAAGUAAUGUGUUGUUAUUUGAUAAAUAAGUGGUACGUAGUCGAAGGAUUUAUAAGUGAUUUUUAAAGAUUAAGAAAUUGAUUUUGUUCAUUUUUUAUUUUAAUUUUGGAAUUGAUAAAAAAAAAAAAAAACGAUGUCUUUGAAACCGAGGAAAGUUGAUUUUAAGCAAACGUGGGGAGUUUUACAAGAAACUGUAAAAGGUGUAAUUACACUGGGUGAUGUACCGAGAUCAACUUGGAAUGACCGUUUUAGCGACGUGUACUCACUGUGCGUUGCGUAUCCAGAGCCACUAGCAGACCGUCUAUACAAUGAAACAAAAAGAUUUCUGGAGAUUCACGUGUCGGAAAUCCUGACCCAAGUGAAUAAUCAAGGAGAGACAGGACUACUGCAGGCUUAUCACAAAGCUUGGAAAGAGUACUCGCAAGGAAUAAAUUACCUCCAUCGUCUCUACUUGUAUUUAAACCAGCAGCACAUAAAAAAGCAAAAAUUGACCGAGGCUGAAAUAAUAUACGGCUCGUCUUCAACGAACUCCCCCGAGUAUCAGGAGCAAAUGGAGAUCGGCGAACUGGGUCUCGAUAUCUGGAAGAAAAGAAUGAUCACCCCUUUAUGUAAGUCCCUGGUGACGCUGCUCUUGGAGGGCAUCCACGCGGACAGAAUUGGCAAAGCAGAGUUGACAACAUCCGAUGUAAUAUGCGGAGUGAUACAAUCAUUUGUCAGCGUGGAGGCGUACAAAAUGAAGGGAGAGCUUAAUAUGUACCAAGAGAUUUUUGAAACUCCGUUCCUCGAAGCUUCUGGUGAAUUUUUUGUCCGCGAAGCUGCGGAGUACCUUCAGAAAGCGGACGUUACCGUUUACAUGGAACGCGUUACCUGGAGACUAGGGCAAGAAGAAUACCGUGCCCGUAAAUUUUUACACCACAGCUCCGUGAGCAAAGUCCGCCAGUGCUGCGAAGAAAAAAUGAUCGCAGCGCACGUUACCUGGCUCCAUACAGAAGCCGAGUCGAUGGUAGAACAAGAGCACCGACGUAAUUUGUCGCUUCUGUAUCCCCUUCUGCGUCCUCUUCCCGGUGCUCUGACCCCAGUGAUAUCAAAACUUACCCAGCAUAUAACCCAGCAGGGCUUGAAUGCCAUAGGACAUCUGCAGGGUGAUACAAUUCACUUACAUUUUGUCGAAGGAAUACUUGACGUUUAUUACAAAUAUUCAUCGAUGAUCUUAGAAGUUUUCAAACGCGACCAAGCAUUCAUUGCCGCCCUAGACAAAGCUUGUGCAGCUGCAGUAAAUCAUCGUCCCGAACGUCAGCCAGCCCGGGCACCUGAACUACUAGCCAAGUACUGCGAUUCUUUGUUAAAAAAAUCAGCAAAAGGUAUCUCGGAGUCAGAGAUAGAUGACAAAUUAGCCAACUCUAUAAUUGUAUUUAAAUACGUCGAUGACAAAGACGUAUUUCAAAAAUUCUACGCACGUAUGUUAGCCAAGAGAUUGAUACACCAGCAGUCCCAGUCGAUGGACGCUGAAGAAACGAUGAUCGAUAGAUUGAAACAAACGUGCGGUUAUGAAUUUACAAAUAAAUUACAUCGUAUGUUCACUGACAUGUCGGUGUCGAUGGAUCUCAAUACUAAAUUUACUACAAGUUUACGCGAACGCAAUGCCGAGAAUCAACUGGGGAUCGGUUUUGUUGUCUACGUGCUACAGGCUGGUGCUUGGCCGCUCAGUUUGCCCGCUUCCUUAGGACCCUUUCAUGUUCCGCAGCAACUGGAACGGUCGAUUCAGGCUUUCGAAAGCUUUUAUCAUGCCCAGUUUAGCGGACGUAAAUUAACGUGGCUUCAUCCGCUAUGUCAGGGUGAAUUAAAAUUUAAUUACUUAAAGAAGCCGUACUUAGUUACGGUACAGACUUAUCAGAUGGCAUUGCUGCUGUUGUUCGAACAAUGCGAUUCUAUGCCCUGUCGCGAAGCUGCGGCAUCACUGAGAUUGUCUCAUGAUCAAUUGGUAAAACAUGCGGCGAGUUUGGUUGACUGCAAGAUCCUCAAAAGAUCUGGGGAAGAGGGAGAGCUCGAGGAAGACACUGUGCUGACUUUGAAUUUAGAGUAUUACAAUAAACGCACCAAGUUCCGGGUCACUGGUGCAUUGCAGAAGGACGUACCUGCGGAAAUGGAAGCUACGAGACGAAGUGUUGAUGACGAUCGUAAAUUGUAUAUCCAAGCUGCUAUUGUAAGGAUUUUGAAAAGUCGGAAAAUGCUGAGACAUAAUCAGCUGGUUCAAGAGGUACUAGGGCAAUCAAAAGUAACAUUUGCUCCAACAAUUAGCAUGAUUAAAAAAUGUAUUGAAGCACUUAUUGACAAACAAUACAUCGAACGUACGCAAAAUAGUGCCGAUGAAUAUUCAUACGUUGCAUAAUAAUGGAUUAUUUUUUUAUUUAAAGUUAAUUGGUAUUUAUUAUGCAUCUCAAAUCAUUUUCGGUUAAAUUUAUUUCUUAUCAUCUGUUAUUAAUUUUAUUUUUAUUUUUAUUUUAUUGUAUUUUUUUUUAUGUAAAAAUUUUAACUCGGAUAAAAUCAUCACACACUCCUGCCAUUUAUUAAAAUCUUAAAAGAUAACGAAAAUUCAGGGAAAUAUUUUGUUUCUUCUUCGUGAUUAUAAAAAAAAAAAAUAA